GGAAGGCCUCGGAUCGCGCUCGUCUCGUCAGCGUUCGGUCAGUCCGCGUUUUCCCGCGUUUCUUUCGCCUCGUCGCGACUUUUCGCCCCGAAAUCGAUCGUCGAACGCUGCUCGCGCGAGUGUACACGUGAUCCACGGGAUAUCAGAGACUCGGCGGAACUUGUUGAACGCGUACCCGAGGAUCAAGGAGCGACCGUUGUGUUUACCAGUGUGCCAAGUGUCAUGGGGAUCUAGGAACGCCGGCGAGGAAUCGAGACGCAUGAGAGUCGAUACCGGGUGAUCGUGAUCACGUGAGGGCCCAGCAGUUUCCGGCGAGGCGUAUCGCGAGAUGUCGACGGCCGACGGUAUGGAUAAUCCGGCGUUCGCCAGCGAGGAAGAGUGCGGGACCGAGUCGAAGCUGGACGAUGGUCAGCAGCAAGCGACCUUGGACCAGGAUCACAAGUCGGAGGGCGGCCCCGUGGAGAACGGGCAUCAGCGGCCGCAGUUCGUGUCGCAGCAAUACGUGGAGGCCGGAAGGACCAGCCCGGAUCCGCAUUACAGAACCGAGACGAAGAUCGAGCUGCCCGACAGCAACGACAAGACCGUCGUCGAGCCGAAAAUGAACGGCGUUCACGGGAACGGGAACAAUAACGAUGCCAGUUUCUUGAACAAUAGCGCGACCAGCGUGCAAAUCAAUGACACCGGAAAGAAAGAGCAGAUCGAGGCCGUAAACUUGGAACUGGUCUCUAUGAGGCCUUACGCCGGCAACAAUCUACAGACGAAGGGUCAAGAGGCUUGCGAGGUUCCAGCUGAUCCCUACGAAGAGUACUUCGUUCCGGUGAACGAGCAUCGAAAGUACAUCAGGGGCGAGAAGCUUUAUGUAACGAAGGACAAGAGAUCCAGGAGCUCGUACUGGAGAAGGAUGGCUUGCUGGGGAUGCGGCUUGUUGGUUCUGCUGGUGGCAGUCAUCAUUGCCAUUUUGGCCGCAACUGGAGUAAUCCUGGCGCAAGAGGCAUCGGAACCCUUGGAGAAUCUUCAACAGACUAAUUCCCGGCAGUUCGGAGACGUGCGUACCGCGGGAAGUCAAGAGUACCUGAAAGAUCCGCCACUGAGUCCACCUCCAGCGACUUCCACCUUUCCACCCUGGUCUACGACCGAUGAAACCAUUUACGACAACGUUCCCAGCGCCUUAGCCGGUGUAUUGAAAUUAAACGAGUUCCGUUGGAACAACGACCUAAACGAUCCCAAGUCCAGAGUGUACAGACAAGUCAGCUCGGAGAUAGAAGAAUACUUGAAGAGCAUGUUGCAACAACCUGCUGAUAAUGUGACAGUUGUCAAAGUGUACGACAUAAAUAGGGACGGCGAAGUGAAGUUUAGAAUAAGCUAUCCACUACGUUCCAUGCCCGAGGAAACGCAACAUGUUAUCGAGCAAACGCUGCAGAAGAACGGUAACAUGAUUGGGCAGUAUCAUUUGGGCAGUUUAAAAGUGAAUAAAUUGGUCGAUGAGUGUCGAAGUGGAAGUUUCGGGUGUUCCGAAGAGUGCAACUACGAUUACUUUAAGGGUCUAUUCGUAUGCUCUUGUGGACCUGGGAAAAUGUUGGACAGUGAUGGGAAGAGAUGCGUGGACGACAACGAUUUGAGUAACGUGGAGAUGGAUGAUGAGGUACCGGAGACUAAUACAGAAGUAGUGCAUGAUUAUGUUCAGGGAAGGAGUAGGGGGCCUGGUACAGUGUUUGAGCCAAGAAGGCCAGAUAAUUGGGACCACCUGGAUUUCAGUACAGAAACAACGCAUAAUGGACAUGUCUCGCCGCAACAUAAUGAACACGAGUUUCAUGCAUACGCAAAUCCAGAACAUGAUUCUGCCGCGGUACCAGAACCCACGCAGGUGGCCUCUACGGAGCAGAAUCGCCUGUUCAACGAGGAGUCUGAUCCUAUGCACCCAGUGCAUGAUCAUUCUAUGCAUGACCAUUCGAUGUACGAUCAUUCUGAACAUGGCCACUCGAUGGAUGAUCAUUCUGCGCAUGAUCACUCGGUGCAUGAUCAUUCUGCGCAUGAUCACUCGAUGGAUGAUCAUUCUGCGCAUGAUCACUCGAUGCAUGAUCAUUCUGCGCAUGAUCACUCGAUGGAUGAUCACACUGAACAUGAUCAUUCGAUGCAUGAUCAUUCUGCACAUGAUCACGAAAUCCACGAUCAUUCGGCACAUGAUCACACGAUGUACGAUCAUUCGGCACAUGAUCACACGAUGUACGAUCAUUCGGCACAUGAUCAUUCGAUGCAUGAUUAUUCAGAUCACUACACUAGCGAACCAAAAUCUGAACCAGAACCUAGCUCAGAGCCAGAAUCUUCUGCACAAAAUCCACCAUUUGUUGAAACAGAGCCUUCUGUAAAGCCGGAGCCUUCGAGUGAACCGGAACCUACUAGUGAACCGGAACCUGUUAGUGAACCGGAACCUACUAGUGAACCAGAGCCUUCUAGUGAGCCGGAGCCUUCUAAUGAACCGAAACCCGCUGCAGAAUCGGAACCUUCAACUGAACCGGAACCCUCUGCGGAACCAGAACCUUCAGCUGAACCGGAACCCGCAGCUGAACCAGAACCUUCUGCGGAACCGGAACCCACAGCUGAACCAGAACCCUCUGCGGAACCGGAACCCACAGCUGAACCAGAACCCUCUGCGGAACCGAAACCUGCUGCUGAAACACCGGAACCAGAACCCGCUGCAGUAUCGGAACCCAGUGCGGAACCAGAACCUUCCGUGGAGCCAGAAUCUUCCGCAGAACCAGAACCGUCUGCAGAACCACAACCAUCUGCAGAACCACAACCAUCUGCAGAACCAGAACCUUCUACUGAACCAGAACCCUCUGCGGAACCAGAAUCCUCUACGGAACCAGAACCUUCUGCUGAACCCAAGCCAUCAACUGAACCAGAUCCUUCGGCUGAACCUAAACCAUCAAUUGAAGUAGUACCUUUUAAUCAACCCAAAUCAAUGACCGAAGCAGAACCUUCUCCCGAACCUUCUCCUGAACCAGUGACUGAACCGAAUUCUACCAGUGAAUUAGAAUCCUCGACAAAUUCCAUAGCGAUCGACGAUUCAGAAUUAUUGCAUCAACCAGGAAUUACUGUUAGCCCUGAAAUGCUUGGCGAUGCUGAAAAUUCUACUGAACACGAAUUAUCAACUUCAUCAACCACAGAAGCAAACAUAUCCAAUGAUGAGAAGCCUCACCAAGACACGUCUUCUGUGACUGAAAAUUCUAUCGAUAUACAAGAUUCUAAGGUGCCAAAGGAUUCUUCUUCUACAGGACAAGUGUUUCCUGCUAAAACAGAAUCCCCUACCGAAUCUGUGACUAUGAGUAAAGUGUUCACGGAAACAGUUACCGAAUUACCUUCCACUGAAUUGCCAAGUGUGACUAAAGCAGUGGAGACCUCACUCGAGGUUUCAACUACGAAGCCUACCAUGGAAAAGGAAGUAGUAAACACCAUUGCACCUGAUGUUCCUACAAGCAUGGACUCAGAAACUACGACUCCAAUGAUGCUUGGGGAGACUACAUCUCCAAGUAGCGAAAAACCCAUUGAUGGAAUGAUGGACAACGAUGAACCACUGCCAGUGAUUCCCUUGAUGACUGAUGAUAAAGAACCUGUAACGUCAAAUCACACGAGUCCCGAGGAUCAUUCUGCGAGACCAAGUGCAACAGUGACGGAUGCAACGAUAAUGGAGGACGGUAAUGAAGGCAAAACGAUGACAACGAGCUCAGUUGAGAUGGAUAAACAAGGAACACCAAAAGUUGAACAAGUUACUGAAACUAACAUGCCACAAGAUGAAACAGCUGGGUAUACUACAAUGAAUAUAAAUAACGACGUAUCUGGAGUCACGAACUCUUCGUCAGAAGCUAGUUCUAUUGCUCCGUCUAGCACCCAAUCAUCAGUUCUCGAAGUAGGACCGACUACAAAUACCGAGACAACCCGACUCGCAGUGGAAACCAAAUCAGAAAACAUAACCCAGUCAAAUUCCAUCGUAGAAAGCAGUAGCACAGAAUCAAACAGUGAUGGACUUAAAUUACAAAAUAUAUCAGCAACAAGUAACGAAUCCUCUGCACAACCAGAGCCAACUGUGCAUGAAACCAAUGAAACCAACGUUAUCGAGCAUAUGCCAACAACUGUCUUCCCCAAGUUACCAAAGAACUUUGGCCACAACGUGGAGCCUCUGAUAGAGCCGUUGAAAAAUGACACAGACGAGGAGCACAUCAUGCUGAUACCAAAAACUGAGCAUGCCACAGAAGUGCAUGAUCCCCAUGCGAUUAUUCCUCAAUUAAUUCCCGAGCAAAGCGUUCAAUCCUCCAAUGGAUCAUCGGUCGGUGUUCUUGACGGUUCAGCACAUCAUUCCACUAUCCAUCCAGAAGAGAACGUAGUGUCCGUGGGUGAUUCCGUUCGCUAUGAGGACAACUUGGACCACUCGACAAAUCACCCUCUACACCCGGCAGUGUUCCCUGAAAACGCAGUCGAGCAGGCAACGGAGAAGUUUGAUCCAACUUAUGACAAGCACAUAGAUGACAUGUCUCCCUUCUUACCAGAUGUUCAGAAGGAGAAGGAAAUAAAGAAGGCACCUAGAUUGGACAAGGAUGAGCAGGAUGUCCCUAAUCCCUUCGAAGGACACGUUGAAGACGUCGUUACUUACAAGUCUCUAACAGAAAUGUCUACCACUGAGCAAACCGUGAAUCAAACCGAGCUGAAGGAUUCCCUGAACGAUGUUCACACGGAAACGCAUGGCAUUAAGAGGCCUGACGAGCAGGAAGAUGAAAAUAACACGGUGAAAAGCAUAGACAUUGGCAAUGAAGUGGGACGUGGCUUCAAAAGUGAUGGUUUGAACGUUGUUGAAAUUAACGACACAGAGUCUGGUAUUCAAAAUGGACUGAACAACUAUGAAAUUAUUAACAAGCCAGCCAAGGCUGAGGAAGACGUCCUGAAUGAACAGGGCGGUAAGUCAGAUUCCGAGGAGGACGAAGAGGCACUGAAAGUGGUGCCACUGGAGGAGCAGUUCAAGGAAGUUGAAACGACCGUGAAAUACAGUACAGAUAAGGACAAAUCGGAAACAACAACAGAAGCUAACGUGGUUACGACGAUUCCAGUGGAAGAGAACGAGAAACAAUCUAUAGAUUCAGUUGCAAAGAAUAUUACAACCACUUCCGAGAAACCAGAAGAAAAUGCCGUGGAAGAUCAGUAUAAUGACAUAACUGAUGACACAUUGCCCAAGGGAUAUCAGCAGGACGAUUCAGAGAUACGCAAGAAAAUUAAAGAUGAAUCCGAUAAAUUAAUAGCAAAUAACGACGAAACAUCGUUCAAGCCGACAGAUGCGCCAUCUAUAAAUGACAAAAUAAAUGUCACGAUAAAUGACACCGAGAAUACGAUGGCUAUAAUUGGAAACAUCCUGGGAAAGCACGCAGAAGAUGCCAAAUUGACAACGCAGAUACCAGUACUACCAAUGGAAAUACAGCAAGAGAUGUCCACAACAGAGAAGAUCGAGAGCACUACCGUAACCGAAGAGAAUCCUCGAACAGAUAACAACACAGAACAUCACAGUACGAAUGUCAGCAUUGAAGAUGUCACCACAGUUCAGAUUCCAACCACCCACACGAUGUCAAUGGAAACCAAAACCACUGCUCAGGUACCAAUAUUACCAGAAGAAUUGCAGACCACAGAAAGCGAUGCACUGUUGACUACCUCCACUAUGAAACCAGAUACUCAGAUAAAGAAUGACGACGUGGAAAACGUGGGUUCUGACAGCGAGCAAGUUGCACGAAAGGACUCACCAAAAGCUAUCAUCGACGAUGACAAUAAUAAUAAUACGACAGAGGCACCUAAUACAGGACAACAAGUGGAUAUUCAAAAUGAUACUGUAGAUGACCUGAAGACCAGUGCACUGGAACACAUAGGCAACAGAAGCAUUCAGAACACGUGGUUACAGACAAAUGUCUCGAUGUUUAAUAGUGUUAAUGCGAGUGAGGAAAAUGUGACCAUGCCAUCAGUAAAGAUUGUCGAGGAGAAUGUGAAGGAAAACGUGACGGAAAAUCCAAUAUCUGAGAUUGCUUCUUCGACGUCUAGCAGCGAAACUGUGACCAUGAAGGAACUCCACAAGCAAAUACUUGGCAAUUUCAAUAUCACAGAGGAUGUUAGGCCAGUUACUGAAAUACUAGAAGACGAUACUGAACCUAUAGGGUUUGACUAUAGGACACACUUUAUCACCACUACACCCAAGAAUCUAUUACCUGAUCUAGACGUCGGAGAGCUGUCAGAGGAAGAUUUAAAAGUGAUCCCAUUGGAGAAGAGUUUAGAAGUGAAGAAGAAAUCAGUAGACAAGAAGCCAACUGAUAAAUACAAAUACAAGAAAGAGAAGGAGCUCAAUCUGGAUGAAAACGAGGGUGAGAAUGUAUUAACAGAGGUUCCAGAACCAGCUACUGUAUUCUUGACCGAGAUACCACAGAUGGUCACUGAAAAAGAGAAAGCUCAAGGAGCAGUCCAUAAUGCAACUAGCGCAGAUGCUAAUACAGAGACAGUGAAAUCUACAGAAGAGAACUCUGCACCUGUGCCAAAAUUGAAGAUCAUAGAAACGACCAGUGGAUCCAACCAAACGGAAGCUCAGAUUUCAGAAAUUUCUAGCAGAGCAAGGGAAGAUCUCAGUGCCAGGACCAGCAUAACGGUACCAGAUGCUGCGAAGAAGUAUCCCAGCUUCAUACCAGUCUCGGAAAGGAUCAUAGAGCCAGAACCCGUCACCCAACCUUUCGUGAUCCUUCGAAACUACCAUCUUCAACGAUCAAACGUAGACUUUACGACGGAAAAGCCAUCGAUGAUCAGCGUAUUUCCCAACGAAGGCCACACAGCCAUGGGAUCAGGUCAAGCCAUCGAACUGGAUAACCAGACAGGUUCUCAGCCUUUGGUGUUCCCUACGAUUCAAUCGUUUGCUGCCCCGACAGGUCAGGUAGCAGACGUAAAUCAGAUCACGAAGGAACGAAACAUGGACACGAUUCUAUCACCGUCAACCCAGACUAGAAUGCCAGACUCCGUAGUAGAAAGCACCAGCCACAUCGACGUUUCCUUCCUAGGUCUGUCGCCAAAUGUCGUUUUCUCCAAGUGUACAGCUGGUCAGUUCCAGUGUGUAAAUGGAACAUCGAGAGAUGGCGCCUAUUGCGUGAAACUGUCGGCAACAUGCGACUCUGAGAACGAUUGUUCAGACGGUUCCGACGAAUUGUACUGCGAAGAAAAAGGUUGUCCCGGAAACUUCCAGUGUGCCAGCGGCCAAUGCCUAAAACGUGACCUGGUGUGCAAUAAGAUCGUGGAUUGCGACGACGGAAGCGACGAGAAGAACUGCGAAGAAUGGAAGUGUCAGUUUGACGAGUUCAGGUGUCCCAACGGAAGAUGCAUUCCGGGCAUCUGGCAAUGCGAUGGCCGGCCAGAUUGCGAGGAUCAUCGUGACGAGUACAACUGUGCUGAAAGUUGCGGAAACGAUGAGUACCUCUGUCCAACAGAGAAGUGGUGUAUACCACUGACAUGGCACUGUAAUGGAAUCAGCGAAUGUGCUAAUGGAGAAGACGAAAAACUAUGCGAUUGCGCUCUUGAUCAGUUCAAAUGUCAGACAGGCGGAUGUGUGCCGGAAAAUCAGGUCUGCGAUGGAAUAGAACACUGUCCAGAUCAUUCUGACGAAUGGGGCUGUUUAAUGACAAAUACAACCACAGAGAAAAAGUUAACAGAUGGGCAGAAAGACGACGAAAUCGGUAGCAAUGGUGCUCAAGAAUUAAGCGAGAGUUAUUUAUUGAAAAUAAGACAAUACAAUGGCGAGUAUAGGUUAGUUUGCUCCGACGGAUGGAGCGAGGAGUUCAGCAACUCUUAUUGCCAGUCCUUAGGAUUCGCCGGCUCAGAGAUCACAGAGCUGCAAACAUGGGACAAAACCCAGAAGAUCCUCAGAUUAAAAUCGAAUCCUAAUCACCAUGCACCGCUGGUCACGAAUUUGGAGCAAGUGGAGUUCUGCGUCUCCGACAAGGUCGUGCAGAUCUCUUGCCAAGAGUUUUCUUGCGGCUCCCAUUAUGGCGAAGGACCAACGGCGAGAUUGGUCGGAGGAACUCUAGCCAGCGAAGGGGAAUUGUCCAGUGUAGCCUUGUUAAAAGAACCUAAACAAGGUGCUGCUUGCACAGCGAGCGUAUUGGGCCCUAUGCACGCGCUUGCCAGUUACUCCUGUAUUCACAGAUAUAAACAGAGCAACGGAUGGCAGCUUUUCACCGGUGAAAACCUGCUGAAAGCACAUCCCGUGAGGAACAUCAUUCCCUACCCGCAAGUGAAAUACAAUCAAUUCUUGUACAACAACGACAUAGCGUUGGUGGAGCUCGAGAUGCCACUGAGAUUCUCGAGGAAUGUCAGCGCUGUCUGUCUUCCGAAACACCCUAUUCAGCCGAGACAGAUAUGCGUCAUGGUAGGAUGGGGAUUCUCGGUGAACGGCGAGGUGGACUUGCAGAAAUACCUAAAUUUCUUGCCAUUGCCAACGUUCGACUCCGAAAAGUGCAAUGCAACCAGCCAUUAUGCAGGUUUCAUCACCAAGGACAAUAUAUGCGCUGGAUUCACUGAUACAGACAAAGGACCUUGCUAUAACGACGAAGGGGCACCUCUGAUGUGCUCCAGUGAAUCUGGAGGAGAAUCAGCCAGAUGGGAAAUUCAGGGACUACUCAGUCAUCACAGCAGAUGCUCAAGGGGUCAUCCAGCAAUUUACUCCAGCGUAGAGCCAGCCCUAUCUUGGUUGCGAAACUCCGUACCCGCUUUGCAGACGCAAAGCUAAAGUGCUAUAACGUGAUUCUGUUCUUUUUACAAGGAUACGCGAGCAUUAGAUGAAUUUUAAUUCGUAUAAAUCGAUCACAACGACACACUGAACGAACGAACGAACGAUAGAAACUAGAGAAAUUCAUCAGAGGGGAACUGUCAGGUUGAAUAUAGAAGUUCCUGUUGAAAUUCAAGAAAGGAAAACGAUGUACUUAAUUUAUAUCCGUCUGUAUUUUCAAACGGUAUGUUCCUAUUUAAAUGCAAAGAACGCGUUCGACGGAUAGCAAUGCAAUGGCGGCCAUAAUUCGUUCUGCAUGAGAAAAAGACGUUCUGAGAUGUAAAUGAUUCCCUGUCUCUACAAUAUCGAUUAAUGGGUACUGUAAUAUUCCAUAGCGACUUUUGCACUCAUAAGAAAAAAAACAAAGAUGACGGAAGUACAUAUGAUUGGCGAUACACGAUAUUUACAAUUAAGAAAUUUGUAAAUACUGUAUAAAGUGACUGUUUAAUAUGCUUAACAUUGUAAGAGAUUUUUUACAGGUUUAGCGAAUUAGGUCUCUUAAGGAUGCUGUUUUAUAAGUAUAAAAAGAUGUGAAACGUUUAACAUACUUGUCUAUUCUGCUGAAUACCCAACAGGUUUUAUGUAACAAUUGUAUCUAACAGAUUUUUGCUGACAUACACUUUGCAGUUUAUUAUGCCAGACAUAAAACAGAGGUGUACUAUUACUGAUUAGUGUCAUGUCUGUGUGAAUCAUUUAAAUCCUGUUAUCGAAUCCAAAAAGUAACAGCAAAAUAAAAAUAUUUAUUGGAAAUAAGAGACCAUCAAAUAAGUGCACCCAAUUAUUCAAUCAACAGUUUGU